GGGAACUUCCGAGGUGGUCAAAACGGGAAACAAACCGUGUUAAAGAAAAAUGAGCCGCUAAUAUUCAGUCCUCGGAGUUUAUAAUUAGAAAAGGUUUCUACCGUGAAAUUCCGCUUUCUUUGUCGACGGUUCUUAGUCCUCUUCAGAUUUCGUUUAACCAGGACAUACUCCACACAUUUGAAUUAGUCAUGUCUAUGGAUGACCAAAGAACACAAAACAUCUCCAAGCGUUGUGGGAAAGUAAAAUUGCUGUAAUCAGAACAUGAAGAGAAAUGCAAUGGCAUGGUAGGAAGGGUGGCACAAAGUGCUAUACAGGAGACUAUCUGAAUUCAUCAAAAUUAAUCUAGUAUAAAAGGGAUUCCAAAGGGCAAAAGAUGAAGCAAGGAGCAGAUCUGGAGAAUGCAAAACAAAUGAAGCCAGAGGAAGAGAAGUUGCUUAGACAAGAUAGUGAUGGAUAUAUACCAGAGCCGCAUCUUUAUGAACUAUAUGAUGAACCACUUCCUUGCUUUGGUUGUGGAAUUGGCUGGCUCUGCUUUCUUUUGGGAUUUGUUUUUCCGCUACUUUGGUACUACGCUACCUUCCUAUACUUGCGAAGGUACUCUCGCAAGCAGCCACGAGAGCGACCUGGUCUUGCAGCAUGUGCAAUUGCUGCUUUAAUAUGCACCGUGGGAGCACUAAUUACCACCCUAGCUGUCCUAUUGUAGCUAAAGGAGGACAUCACUUUCAAUGAAGGGGUUGAUUUUCAUAUAUGAUCUGCCCUUUUUAAGUUAAAGAAAAUUCAGUGGAAAUCAGAAAUUAGAGUGGGCAUAUCCAUAUGUAUCUUAUUCACUGCGAGAAUUCAUCUCCAUUUAUUGUACAAAUAAACUUUCAAGAAUAAAUUUCGGAACUAUGCACAGAAGUGCAGUUCCAUGUAAUCUAUCUGUACAGGAAGGUCAAUAUGAUAGAACAUAACUUUUGACUAUUUUAAUCACCAAUGUGUAUGGCUGAUUCUUUUGACCGCAAUCAAAAAUGCCUUCUUUGUGUACAGUUCAAGUUUGCCCUAAACGACACUUAUACAUCCCUCUUGAUUUUGUAUAUUUCAAUUUAAUAUAUUUUAUUUCAUUGUU